AUGUCCUCAUUUCAAGCUCUUCGGAUUCAAUAUUCCUCAUUGCUGAAGCGGUUUCUCACUUCGAUCAAAGACUUUGAGGUCCUAACAACUAUCCCACCCGACCACUCCGCAGAAUCAGAGACCCUCUAUGUCUUAGACUCGUCCUUCAAUCCCCCCACCCGCGCCCACCUCCGCAUUGCCAGCACGGCACUUCUCGAAAAUCCCAAGCCCCGCCCUCGCUUGCUCCUUCUUCUCGCCACCCAGAAUGCAGACAAGCCAUCCAAGCCAGCUUCCUUCGAGGAUCGGCUUGUGAUGAUGGAGCUGUUCGCUCGGGACCUCCGUGCCCACCUCGAAUCAUCACCGGCCUUCGCCGGCUCGGGCUUCACACACGGCAUCGAAACUCUCCCGUUGAUCGAUAUCGGUGUCACGAAAAAGCCCUAUUUCGUCGACAAGGCGGCUGCUAUCGAAGCAUCGGGUUCUUAUCCCGUUGCACUGGAGCAGGUUCAUCUUACGGGAUACGAUACUCUGAUCCGGAUCUUGGAUCCCAAGUAUUAUCCACCUGAGCAUACUUUGAAGCCAUUAGAGCCUUUCUUGUCAAAACACCGGCUGCGUGUGACUAUGCGGCCGAGCGAUGAGUGGGGUGGGAGAGAGGAGCAGCUCGAAUAUGUGGCGGCCAUUGCUAGAGGUGACCGAGAUGGCGAGGGCAUGCGUAGGGAAUGGGCCGAACGGAUCCAGCUCGUCGAUGGCCGUGCUCCUACGGAGCGCGCUGUGAGUUCAACUAGAGCCCGAGAGGCGUCGAAAACCGCUCCCCGGAACCUAGACUGGCUGGUUCCCGAACAGGUGCGACAGUUUGUGUUGUCCGAACACCCAUAUUCUGAAGACUCUAAAGUGUAG